AUGGACCUGUUGAAUAGGGCUGGUGCCGUGCCGAUACAAUCAGCGCGGGUCAUGAUGGGCGCCGGAGGGGAUACCGGUGCAUUCGUUUGCGACCUUGGGGAGGGAGAUGAGCCAGACCCGAACCCCCCGCUCAUCGUCAGCCGUGCCUCUCUUCUUAGAGAGCUCUUGAGACCGCUACCUCGGGAGGCGCUGCAUGCGGAUAGACAAGUUGAGUCUAUCCAGGAAACGUCUGAUGGUGUCGAGGUCACCUUCCGUGACGGCCAAACAGUCAGCUUCGACAGUCUGAUAGGGGCAGACGGCAUAUUCAGUACUGUCCGCCAAUAUGUUGUGGGAAAAGACGAAUGCACUGCGGCGUCGACCGGGUUCUGGGACUGCAGGAACGUGAUUCCAUUCGACCAGGCGGUCACCGCCUUCGGCGAUGAGUACUUCAAAGUCGACAGGGAGUACGGCUGGGUGGGCGAUGGUACCUUCUUCUUGCACAAUGUGAUCGAGAACAAGACCAUGGUACAAUGCCUCAUGUCCGGUGUCGAAAAGGAGCCACCUUCAAGUCGCGUCCAAGUGUUGACACGGGAAAUCUUGGAAGAGAAAGUCCAAGGCUCCUUGGACAGCCCAAUGACGAAGAAGAUAAUAAAUAUUCUGCUCGACCAACCACGUACCGAGGCAUACUCUUCCUACGAGCACAAGAGAACAUCCACGUAUGCCAAAGGACGCAUCUGCAUCACUAGCGAUGCAGCACAUGCAAUGUCGCCCUGGCAGGGGGCCGGCGGCGGGCAAGCUAUCGAGGACGCCAUGAUCCUUGGCAGUCUCUUGAGUGAGAUCUCUUCCAGUGCCGAGAUCAGCGCUGCCUUCAGAGCUUUAGACGCAGUCAGGAGACCUAGAGCUGAGCGAAUCAUAGAUUCAAGUCGCGAGACUGGACAGAUCAUGUGCGGCCAGAACAUCGACGUGGGAUUAAAUAAAGAUAAGAUUAAGGAAGCUUUGGCGUUCAAGUAG